UCCGUAUAUUGGUGCGUAUACAGAGUAGGAGGAAACUAAACCCAAGGCAAUAUUGUUUUUAAUUGAUUGAAAACCGGUUACGUCAUUGUCCAAAUCUUUCUUGCCAGCCUCGUUCGGACAUCUCUUAUCAAAAUGAUUAUCAGCAUGAUAGUACUGCAAGGCCUGCUCAAUCUGGUGUCAGUCACGGCCACCGCACUAGGUGCUCACUCAUACGGAAGCAAAAUUUCCAAGCGUGGUCUCUACAUCAGGGAACAGACGACUUCAAGCGACUUUGCCCCAAAAGGGCCAGUCAUCGAUCUGGGCUAUGCUCGUUACGAGGGCUACUACGAUUCAUCAUUUGAUAUCUUCACUUUUAGGGGGCAAGUCGACAGCUCUGACAGGAAAUUACGUUAUGCUUCGAAGCCUAAUCGCUGGCAGCUCCCGAAGAGGCCAAAUCGGGGCCCGGGAAGUGAAAAGGUCCUAAAGGCGACUGCAAAUCCACCAAGAUGUCCCCAGUCACCAUUUAGUCCAAUCAUCGAGGACUACUCUUUCGAGAGAGAUGCCCUAGGUGAUGAAGAUUGCCUGUUUCUGAACUUGUUCACCCCAGCGAACAAGACGCAGCUGCCGGUGCUCUUCUGGAUCCAUGGUGGUGGAUAUGGGCAGGACUGGGCCGCAAACUAUGAUUUUUCGAACAUGGCCAAGACGGUAGGAAACGGUUUCGUGACGGUUAUCAUCCAGUACCGGCUCGGUGCUUUUGGGUUUGCUUCUUCUGCCGAGAUAGGCCAUUUCGGCAUACCCAACGCGGGGGUCCACGAUAUGCGUUUUGCGCUCGAAUGGGUGCGGGACUAUAUCCACCUGUUCGGAGGCGACCCUACACGCGUCACCAUUGCCGGAGAAUCUGCUGGCGGCGGCGGUGUCAUGCUUAUGACGAUGGCGAACAAUGGCUCCGAGGGAACCUCACUCUUCCAACGCGCCAUUGUCUCAAGUCCGUAUCUGCCGACUCAAUGGAGAUAUGAUGAUAUGCAGCCUUCUCAAGCAUACUACGACUUGGCCGCCCGUGCCGGCUGCCUUGGACCCGGGACCACGCAGAACCGAAGCGUCUUUGGCUGCUUGCAAAGUGUGGACAGCGCCGUUCUGCAAAACGCGAGCGCCUUCGUAAGCAUGGGGGCGAGAUGGGGCCAGUGGGCUUUCUUGCCCGUUACGGAUGAUAGACUCAUUAUCCAACGGCCGACGAAACAGCUCCUGCAAGCCAGAGUAAACGGCGUGGCGAUUCUCUCUGGAAACAAUGCCAACGAAGGCACGUUGUUUGUCCCGACGGACGUGCGUACCGAGGACGACUUCUUGGCCAGAACACGGCUCGACUACCCACUGUUAAGUGAAGAGAACAUGACCGCCAUCAUGAGCUUUUACAAAAUCGAGGAGCACGCGCCUUCAGGGCCCCUCUACAGCACUGACGGCGUAAACCCUCCAUUCGCGACGAGCCUCUCGGGAGUGGCGUCGGGCUGGCUACAAGCAGCUUACAAUCUUUACGCCGAAGCCACGUUUGUGUGUCCUGCCAUGUUCCUUGCGGACGCGUUUUCUAGCGGCGGAGACUCUUCAACCAACGUUACAAAGCGAGCGUGGCGUUACCAGUAUUCGCCCCCACCUGCUUUCCACGAUGACGAUCUCGAUGUUCUCAUGAAACCCGUGCUAGACAAAAACGAUAACGAUGGCGCCAAAGAGAGUGUCGGCUUCAGAAUCGCGUUCCAGAGCAUGUGGGGGCGGUUUAUCAUCAACGGAGAUCCCACGCUGGAUGAAAAUACCGUAGCGAGUGCGAAACAGAUGGGCGACGAUGUUUCUGCCGCAAAAAAGUCAACGUGGCUGCCGUGGGGUUUGAGAAGCUCGUCCCUGAACCACUCGACGCAUUCAAUGCUGAACCUGAACAUGACACGUCCCGAAGGAGGAGUGGCCGACUUUCAAACCGUCGACGGAUUCACCUGGGAGGGAGGAAGAGGCGACAGGUGCAAGCUCUGGGCAGACCUGGGCCCCUGGGCUCCGGCAUAGUGGUCAGCACCGAGAAGAUCGACUGGUUGGAAGGUGAACUCUUUCAACAAAAGAGAGUAGGGAAUGACGACAGCCAGCACAGCAAGCCUUCGUAGCCAAUGCAUUACUGUCUUCGCGACUAGAAGUAGCGUCUUGCCUCAUACAUGCAACGCAAACUUGUAUAUACGUGAA